GGUUGCGCAAAUCCAUCAACAACAAAUACAACCCCAGUGGUUACCACGUGAAAAAUUGUGGAUUCCACCUUCUUGAGAGUAUAUUGAGUAUUUCCCAUUCAAAUCUGACUCCAACCAUGGUGAAGGAUAAAAAGAACACCUCGGUGGUCGAGGAUGAUAGCGAUAAAGUGUCUUACGAAGAAAAGCUCAAGUUCGUCUCGGUUAUCGCCAAGCCCAUGGCCUCCAAGAAAUUGGCCAAAAAGUUGUACAAAUGCAUUAAGAAGGGCUCCAAGCAAAAAGAUCUCAUUCGCAACGGUCUCAAGGACGUUCAGGCCCGGAUUCGUAAAGGCGAGCGCGGUCUGAUUGUAUUUGCCGGGGAUGUCACGCCCAUUGAGGUCAUGUGUCAUUUACCGGCGGUGUGUGAAGAAAAGAAUAUCCCCUACGUGUUCACACCCUCCCGACAAGAUCUCGGCACGGCCAUGGGCGUCAAACGAGGAUCAUUAAUGGUCAUGAUCAAGGAAAGCAACGACUAUAAGGAUAUUCUGGACGAAUGUCAAAAAGAAAUCCAAGCUCUGCCCACCCCUGUCCCUGAAUAAAUUAACCAAUCCCUACGAAUAAAGCGUUUAAUCAAUC